AUGGUGUAUGACACUGGUGGCCUUAGCUCCAGCCUAGGCCACUCCCUGGGCCAAGUGGGUGAUAGUGUAGCAUCUUUCACUGGACACGUCACUAAUUUUAGAAAAGAUGUGUUGAGGAAAGGAAGUGAAAAGGUAGAGGUACCUGAAUCUAAGACGAAGGAGGUUGAAGACUCUCAGUCAAUUUUAAAAUCAGAGAAUGAGAGACUUAAAACUCUUUAUAGUGAUCUAGAAGAGAAGUAUGAAGCCUCAGAGCUGCAAAUAAGACAGCAGACUACUAGUUACAGACAUCAAUUACAACACAAGGAUGUAGAUAUCAAACUCCUUACAGCAAGACAGAUAGCGCUAAAGGAUCAACUGCUGAAGCUGCAAGCAGUCUCACGGUCAGUAGACCCUGAAGCUGGCUCUGUACCCCCAGUCACUUUACCACCUCCACUGGGUUAUGAUACCAAUGACCAUGCUUUAGCUGUCCAGAAUAAUGAUAUGGACUUUGCUGACCUAAUUUUGUCACAACAAGAAAUAAAUAGAUUGUCAAAUGAAGUCUUAAGACUUGAGGCUGAUGUCAGCCACUGGAGGCAUGUUGCCAAAAAGUUCACAGCGCAGGGAGCGGAGAGCUUUGACCAAAAUGAAAUCUGCAAACUGCAAACUACCAUCAAGGAACUUGAACAGAAUCGAUACAAGGAAAUUGAUGACCAUCAACUUGAAAUAGUGACAGUGCAGAGAGUUCAUCAACAGAAACUGGCAGAAGUAAGUCGUAGCCAUCGACAAAAAUGUAGGGACUAUGAAGAAAGGAUUGGAGAACUGGAAAAUCUGUUACUGCACGGUGGCUCCGGAAUUGGACCAACUCAUGACUUUCAAAUUCAUGACGUGCAGGAAGCUAUUCAAACUCUGCAAGCUGAAAAGGAAGAGUCCACCAAGAAAAUCAAAGAACUUGAGGAUAGAAUGAAAUACUUGAAUGGAAAAUUAUCUUCUGUAGAGAGUGAAAGAGAUGUUUUAAGGAGGGAACAAGACCAGAUAAAUGAAGAAAAUAAGGAAAGAACUGAAGAGGGUGAAUUGCAACCUUACGUUAUGAAGCAGAGUGAUGCCGGGACAGCAAAGGAACGAGUACUUCCACCAAGUACAUCAAUGGAGGAAGUGUUCAGAGAGCAGCAAGCACUGUCGGAUGCUGAAAACGAACCAAUGAGACUGAGCAGCUUAAGCCAGGAUAACGAUGUCAUCGAACACAACCUGAAACUUCAGGAACGAGUCCAAGUUCUAGAAAAAGAAAAUUCACAGCUAAGUCAAGAAAAGGAAGAACUUCAACGAUCACUUGUCAAAUUGAGCAAUGAUUACAAAGUAAUCAAAAGCACGGCUACAAGAGACAUCAAUUCUGGUUCAGAAGAACAUGAUUUGAGAUGUGACUUGGAACUCAAGGAAGGACAACUCAAUGAGAGGAUUACUAAGAAGGAAUUACUGACACCCGAGUUAGGAGAGUUGGACGAGAAGAAACAAGAAACUGCAGAGCACGUGGUUUUGAUGCAAGAUCAGCGAUCAGAACAGCAGCAUGAAGGAGACGGUGUCAUCCAAAAACUAAAACAAGAGCUGGAGGAAGAAAAAAGGAGAGUCCGUCAACUUGAAGACGAUCAGAUGAACAUUAUUAAAGAGUUGGAUAUGCAAAAAGAAAGGUUAAUUCAAAGUGAAUUAGCUGCUAAUGAUUUUCUUUUAACCAAGCAGAAGCUUGAGGACAAAAUAGAAGAUUUAGUACAUCAGCUAAAUCAGUCACAAGACUGUAAUGUCGACAUCCACAAGGAGAACUGUGAACUUAAGGAAGUUAUUAAAGAAAACAAGAAGGAACUUUCAAGAAUCAAGAAGGAAUUUGUUCGGUCUCUUAAUCAAGGCCCGAAUGGGAAGGUUGACUCACUUAAAGAACACGAGGCCGAAGUUAGAAACUUAAGGCAAAAUCUUUCCGAAAUGCAAGAGCUCAAUGUCAACGUAAGCAAAGUGGCUUUUGAUCUCAAAAUGGAAAAUGAAAAGGUGGUUUUGGCACUUGAAGAUGUAAGACGCCAGUGGGAAGAAUCUAUUGUUGGUAACGACCAGAAGUCUCUGGGAAAAAACACUCCAGUGGAGGCUUUAAAACUGGAAAAAGGACAGUCAGAAGCAGAAUUGUGUCAGGCUGAAAAGAGGCUUUUGGAAGAAACGAAGAAGAAUGAGCAAACAAUUGAAGAAUUGUCAAAUACACAUCACCCAGAUAGCUCUGCCUUACACCUGGAGCAGGAGUGUUUAAUGCAACUCAGUCAAGAGAAAGAUUCUGAAAUAGCAGAACUCAAGAAUAUUGAGCAGAUAAUUGCUGACCAUAAAGAAACUCAGGCAAUGCUGUCAUCUUGUUUAGAAGAGCAGGAGCAAUUGAAACAACUUAUAGAAGAGAAAGAAACUUUUAUUGAAAAACUGCAAGGAAGUUCAGAUCCUUGGGAGGAAUUAGAGAAAUAUACUCAAGGCUUAAGAAAAAUGGAACUGCUACAGCAAACCAUCGAAGAAAAAGACACAAGUCUUGCAUCCAUGAAAGAAGAAAAUAGUCAUCUGAAAGAGGAACUGGAACGACUGAGAGAACACAGUCAAACCGAAUCUACGAUUAACCCUAACAUGCUAGAUGCUAUCACGGAUCUAGACUCUGAGAGCUCUCCAUCAAGUGUCAUGAAAGGCAAUCUUGAGGAGAAAGUAAAACAUCAUCAAAAGCAAACUAAAGAUCCAAGCCAGACUAAGAUGCGACAGCGUCAGUCUUUACAAGAAAUGGAUGGUCUUGCAAACCAACAGGAGCAGAUGAAUAUUAAACACACUCAGCUCUUUGCAGCCAGAGGGGAGGAGAUCGAGAAUUUACAAAAUGCAAUUGAACAGAUCAAAUCCCAGUUGCCCGAAAAAUCCCAGCACAUGCCAACAGAACAUUCGGAUGUUUUUCAAGUGACAAAAGUUCAGAGUCUUAAUGUAGAAAACGGAACUGAAAAGCAUGACUUAUCUAAAGAUGAAGCCGAAAGAUUAGUAGGACUAAAAGAACAAAAAUUAGAGAUUCAACUUCUAACUGAAAAGAAUAUCCAUUUAACUGAACAGAUUGAUCACCUCUGCAAAGGUGAGGCUGGUAACCUAACCCAGCUUAUCCAGCAGAAAGAUUUGGAGAUACAGUAUCUUCAUACCAAAAUAUCUUCAGCUUCCUACACCCAAGACGAGGGGUGUCUUCAGCAGCAACUGCAAACGUAUGCUUGAAGGGAACAAAUACUGGCUGUUUUAGAUGAGAAGACUAAGGAAAAUAGCCUUCUUAGAAGGGAAAACUUCAGGAUGGUGGAUAUCAUUAUGGGCAAAGAGGCAGAUCUUGAGAAGCUCCGAGAUGCAAAUAUGAAACUACCCCCUAGAGCUGAAAGCAGUGAUCAGGAUAUGUGUAGAGAAACGAUUCAGAAUUUAUCCCACAUCAUUCGAGAAAGAGACAUUGAAAUGGAUGCACUGAGUCAGAAAUGUCAGACAUUAUUGACGGUUCUGCAGAAUUCCAGCAGUGGUAAUGAGGUUAAUGGUGUUUACAUUAAUCAGUUUGAGGAGCUUCUACGGGAAUGGGAACAAUUAAAGCAGCAGGUUUCGAUAAUGGAGGAAUGGAAACAGCAGGUGGUGGCCACGGUACAAAGUAUGCAGCGUGGGUCAACCCAUCUUCAGAACGAGCUUCAACAACUUCAGGCACGGGUUUUCAUGGACAGUGAUAAUAAAUCUCAACUACACAUGAGCUAUACUGACCUGAUCAAAAAUUAUGAAGAGAACAAAACCCGACUCAAAAACAUGGAGAUACAAGUUGCCCAAAUGCAGCUCAGCCUAGAACAGCUUUGCAAUGCCAAGGCUCUUCUACUAGGGAAACCUGAACUGACCUUACCGCAGCCCUCCACCGAAUCGCCUCCUUCCGAGUCAGCUGCCUCUCUUGAGGCAGUUAAGUCUGAUGGAUCCGGUGAGUCUUCAAAGCUGCUCCAAGGAGAGAUAGAAGAGUUAAGAAAAUCAGCAGAGGAAAAAGAUGCAGCAAUUAGAACCCUCCGGGAGGAUAACCAGACACUGUGUGAGUCCAUUGCGGCCGCCUCAGAACUCGACAGAAAACAGCAUGAAGAAAGGGAUUCCAAACUUCAGCAGCUCCGGGAGAAACAGGAUGACUUACAAAACUUACUCCAUAAAAAGCUCUUGCUCAAAGCCAAAAGUGACGAAUUACUUUCUUUAAGUGAAGACUUCACUAAUGAAGUGAGUGAAAAUGAAAUUUUGAGGCAGGCGGUAAUCAACCUGAAGGAGAGAGUCGCCAGUUUGGAAGUGGAUAUGUGUAAACUCAAAGAGGCCAAUGAAAAAACACUAGAAACAUGGAGGGAAAAGGAAACAGAAAAUCAAGCACUACAAGAGACAAACAUGCGGCUGCUUUCUAUGAUGCGGAGAGAGGAACAGUUGGAAUGUGUGGCCAUGAAGGAAAAAGCUCUUGCCUUGGAGCACCUAGUGAAAGAAAAAGAACAAGGCAAGAGUGGGGAAUUAAAUCAGCUUUUGCGUGCAGUGACAUCAAUGCAAGAAAAGACACUUAUUUUUCAACAGGAGAGAGGUGAAGUCAUGCUGGCACUGAAACAGAAGCAGAUGGAGAACUGUGCCCUCCAGAGUGAGGUUCAACAUUUACACGACGAAGAAGUACGUUUGAAGCAGGAGCUAGAGCGAGCACAUCGCCUGGCUUUGGAAUCCAAAGAGUCUCAUAACCGUGAAGCCUUAGCUGCAGAAGACAGAGCGGCUCAACUCAGAAUGAAAGUGAAGGCACUGGAGGAAAAGCUCCUUCUGUCUUCUAACGCAGUGGAAGAUGCAAGCCAACGAGCCCGCUUGCGGAUGGAGUCAUUGAAGGAACAAUUGAAUGUUGUCACCAGGCAAAAAGAUGACAUUUCACAACAGCUCUGUGCGUCCCAAGAACAAGAAAAGCAGUAUGCACAAGCACUAGCUAAUCUGAAGAUGGAACUUGCUGAAUGGAUGGAAAAGGCAGACGAUCUAGAAGGGAAACUGCAGAAGGCAAAGGCUGUCUUGAAUCUGAAGGAAGAAGAAAUUAAAGUUUUGACAAAACAAAAUGAGGUCCAACGGGAAGUGCUAGAUGAUGUGCAAAGAAAACUGCUGGACUUAGUAAGUAAAGCAGAAGAAAAAGUCGACAAAAGCUUAGUGAGGAAGCUCUUGAUGGAGUAUUUUCAAACACCCAGACCUCAACGCCAUGAAGUGUUACAAUUACUGGGAAACACUCUGGGCAUUAAAAGGGAAGAAAUGGAGCUGGUUUUUAAUGAAGAGCAAGGCGGUGGCACCAGAUGGAUGGCUAGGUGGCUUGGGUCGAAGAGUGUCCCCAACACACCUCUGAGACCAAAUCAACAAUUUAUGCCUAAGAAUUCUUUUUCAGAACUUUUUGCUCAGUUUCUAGAUACAGAAUCUCACUCUACUGGUCCACCAUCAAAAGCCUCUACUGAGGAUAUAAAGACUCCCAGUUCACCGGGAAGGAAACAACUGGCUAAAAAUGCCCCACCAAGUCUUACAACGACCCUAGGAGCCGCACCCAAAACACCCAGUGUGAAUCACUGCUCCACUGCUGUUUCACUUAUUAACCCACCUGGACCUACAACCGAUGGAUCGGAGCAUCUUCUUUUAAAUGCUGUUACUGAUGUUCUGCCCACAUACACACCUUUGCUGCUGUCACCUGGCAAGAGCGCUGGAGUUGUGCCAAAAGGCCUUUCAAAGCAGUAGAUGCUUCUUCAGCCAGAGAUGAGACAGUCCUAAAGAAACCGGGCACUACAUUUGUGUACCUCACCACAACAUGGCCUUAAAAAAAAAUAAGGCCAUGUAUUUGU